GUCUCUGUUAUAGGAAUUUAUUUUUUCCUCGUAACUAACAUGUUUAGAUCGGAGGGGUUUUUUGUUUAGCCAAAAAGUGGUGAUUACAGCUGACAGUUUAGGAUAGCUGAGCCCUGAUUUUUCAAGACUAGGUUUUUCUGGAUUUGAGUUUCUCAAACUUUUGAUUUCUUUUUCAUGUUAGUUUCAGUCCUUCCAAGAUUUCCACAUUUCACUAAAAAAGUAAUCUUUCCCUCAUUUUCAGGCACCAAAAUUGAACUCAACGAGGCAAAGGAUCAGUCAAUCACGAUUUUGAUAACUGGAAAACAAAAGAAUGUUGAAGAUGCCCGAACUCGUCUAGUUCGUGAACUUCAAACACAGGCAACUGUUCGGCUUGAAAUUCCAAAGGAAUAUCACAGUUUUAUUAUUGGCAAACAAGGCUCCAAAUUACACCAACUUGAACAAAAAUUCCUUUGUCGAAUUCAUAUGCCCAAUCGUGAAGAGAAAAGCGACGUCAUUCGUAUUGUUGGCCCAAACGAGUUUAUUGUUGAAGCGGCAAAACAAAUUAAGGCUAUUGGAGAUGAAAUGGCAAAACAAAAGACCGAAAAUCUGAAUAUUCCGCGUUCUUUUUACCCUUGGAUUCGUGGAGUGAACAAUGAAAAACUUGAUGAUUUAAUACACCGAACUGGUGUUAAAAUAAAUAUUCCACCUAUCCAAGCGAAUAAUGAAACAAUUAUUAUUAGUGGAGAACGUGAAGGUGUUGAUGCGGCUGUUGCGGAAAUUAAUCAUAUUUACCAGGAGAAGAAAGAAUCUGUCGUCUCUUUCGAGAUUACUGUCAAAAAGGCUCAGCAUAGGUUCAUUAUUGGUCGUAAACGUACAGGUUUAGAUGAAAUAUUUCGAGAAACGGAAACUAUUGUUGAAAUGCCAUCAGAGGAAAAUGAUUCUAACAAAAUUGUUUUGCGUGGGCCAAAAGAUAAAAUUGGAGAUGCGGCUGGAGCGGUUUAUCAACGUGCUAGUAGUAUUAUUGCAGCAGAGGUUCCUUUCCAAGAAUGGAUGCGUCGUCAUUUAAUUGGCCCUCGUGGGGCUAAUCUUCAGAAUUUGGUUCCUCAUCAAGAAAAUUUGCGUCUAGACUUUGAAGAAGGUUUAAUUUAUAUCGAAGGUCCACCAGAAGAAGUUUUGCAAGCAAAACAAAAAUUAUCUAAGGAAAUUACUCGUCUUGGAAAUGAAUUUUGUUCUGAAGUAAUGCAUGUUGCUCCAAGUUUGCAUAGGCAUAUAAUUGGAAAAAGUGGAUCUGUUGUAAACAAGCUAAAAGAAGAUUUUGACGUUCAAAUUUUUGUGCCUAAUGAAAGUUUAAAAUCUGACUUAAUUCGGUUAGAAGGCAAAAAAGAAAAUGUUGAAAAGGUGCGUGAACAAAUUGCUGAUCUUGUUGAUAAACAACAAAAGCGUCAACAGCCACCGCAAACUUUAAAUAAUAAUAUUCAAAAUAAUAAUACUCAAAAUGGUGUUAAAUCUAAAAUGGAACAACCAACGGAUGUUGAAGUUAGAGAACAACUCGAGGUUGACCCUAAACAUCAUCGACACUUCAUUGUUCGUGGUGCUGAAGUACUUCGUGAUAUUCAAUCCCAAUGUGGAAAUUGUCAAAUAUCGUUCCCAAAACAAGAAACCGGUGAAUCGACUGUUAUUAUUCGAGGUUUUAAAGAAAAUGUUCAGAAUGCUAAAAAACGAAUUUUGGCAAUUGUUGAAGAUUUGGAAGCAUAUACAACUACUCAACUCGAUGUCGACCCUAAACACCAUCGUCACUUCAUUCUUCGCGGGGCAGAAGUACUUCGUGAUAUUCAAUCCAAUUGUGGCAAUAUCCAAAUUUCGUUCCCAAAACAAGAGACUGGUGAAUCGACAGUUGUUCUACGUGGACAUAAAGACCAUGUUGAGGCUGCGAAGAAACGUAUUUUGGCAAUUGUUGAAGAAUUGGACUCUUUGGUUCAAGAACAACUUGAAGUUGACCCUAAACAUCAUCGUCACUUUAUUCUUCGUAGUGCUAAAGUUCUUCGCGAUAUUCAAAACAAAUGUGGCAAUAUCCAAAUAUCUUUUCCAAAACAAGAGACUGGUGAAUCGACAGUUGUUUUACGUGGACAUAAAGAUCAUGUUGAGGCUGCAAAGAAGCGUAUUUUGGCAAUUGUUGAGGAAUUGGAUUCAUUGGUUCAAGAAGAACUUGAUAUUGACCCAAAACACCAUCGUCACUUCAUCUCUCGUGGAGCCAAAGUUCUUCGCGAGAUUCAAACUGCAUGUGGAAACUGCCAAAUAUCUUUCCCAAAACAAGACAGUGGUGAAGCGUUGGUUAUCCUUCGAGGCAAAAAAGAACAUGUUGAGGCUGCAAAGGAGAAAAUAUUUGCGAUUAUCGAAGAAUUGGACUUUCUCAGCGAAUUUGUUCUUCGUUCCCAGCAACAUACUCGUCGUGAACCUUCACCACCACCUUCAAAACAAGAUAACCAAAAUGUUGAGAUAACUGGAGCUCCGUGGCAACUUGACUCUCUUGAACAAUUUCCAACUAUUGGGAAUGGUCCUGCACCAACAUCAACCGUUCAAAAGCCAGUAGCACCGCUUGGAGGGCAGGCUUGUUGGGGUAAACAACGUUAA